AUGAUACUUUGGGAGGAAAAACUGGAACCACCUGAGGAAGACUUGUUGCUGGUUUCGGUGCCAUUAUCAUGGACUUUAACGGGUGUUUUGGCUGCUACUACUAGAAGAUUUGAUGAUGUAUCCUCCCCAUUGAUCUCGGAAGCUAUGGCAGUAAGGGCAGUGUGGUCUCGUCAAGCUGUUGCUAUUGCACAAGCAGUGGGACGUGAUGACAGCCAUGAAAGAAAUGAUAUGGUCUCUCAUAUGCAUACUGUAAAGCAAAGAUUCACAUCAUGCAUCGGUGUCUGGCAACACGACCGUGUUGAGAUCAUUGCCAACGACCAGGGUAACAGAACCACCCCGUCGUACGUCGCUUUUACUGAUACCGAGCGGUUGAUCGGAGAUGCCAUCAAGAAUCAAGUCGCCAUGAACCCUAUUAACACCGUCUUCGAUGCUAAGCGGUUGAUUGGUCGUAGAGUUACCGAUGCCUCUGUCCAGAGCGACAUGAAGUUGUGGCCAUUCAAGGUUACCUCCGGGCCCGGUGACAAGCGCAUGAUUGGAGUCUUUUACAAGGAAGAAGAUAAGCUCUUCGCCGCUGAGGAAAUCUCCUCCAUGGUCCUUAUCAAGAUGCAUGAGAUCACCGAGGCCUACCUUGGCAGCACCAUCAAGAACGCUGUUGUCACAGUUCCUGCCUACUUUAACAACUCCCAGCGUCAAGCAACCAAGGAUGCUGGAGUUAUUGCCGAAAUCAAUGUCCUCCAUAUCAUCAAUGAGCCCACUGCUGCCGCCAUUGCUUAUGGCCUUGACAAGAAGGCCACCAACGUUGGUGAGAAGAAUGUCUUGAUCUUCGAUCUUAGAGGUGGUACCUUAGAUGUGUCUCUUCUCACCAUUGAGAAGGGUAUCUUUGAGGUUAAGGCCACAACCAAUGACACCCAGUUGGGAGGAGAAGAUUUUGAUAACAGAAUGGAAAACCACUUCGUUCAGGAGUUCAAGAGGAAGAACAAGAAGGAUAUCAGUGGCAACCCCAGAGCACUCAGGAGGUUGAUGACAUCCUAUGAAAGGGCAAAGAGAACCCUCUCUUCCACCGCGCAGACCACCAUCGAAAUCGACUCCCUUUAUAAGGGUAUUGAUUUCUACUCCACCAUCACCCGUGCUAGAUUCGAGGAGUUGAACGUGGAUUUUUCAGGAAGUGUAUGGAACCAAUCGAGAAGUGUUUGA